AGAGAGGGAAGGGAGGGGAGCGCGGAGGCUCAUUUGCAUCCAGGGGGGCGGAGGCGCCGCGCGGGCUGGCCGGCCCUUGGACUAUAAAACCCCGCCGAGGCUGACAGCCUGUUCGCUUCGCCUCGAGAAAAAGCGCUCGCCCGCAGCCUCACUUCUCCGCGUCUGUUAGAAGCCACGCAGGGCAACCAUGAAAGCCAUCAGCCCGGUGCGAUCCGUCAGGAGCUGCUACGAAGCCGUCUGUUGUCUCUCCGAGCAAAGCCUCGCCAUCGCCCGGGGAAGCAACGACAAGAGCCCGGCUCUGGAAGAGCCCAUGAGCCUCCUGUACGACAUGAACGACUGCUACUCGAAGCUGCGCGAGCUCGUGCCGGGCAUCCCGCAGGGCACCAAAGUCAGCCAGGUGGAGAUUCUCCAGCAUGUCAUAGACUAUAUCUUCGAUCUCCAGAUCGUCUUGGAGGAACAGGCGAAGAAGGGGCAGGAUCCGUCUCCUGAGACUUCUCUGCUCUCCUUAAAAGCAGCCGAGCUGGCCUCAGAACUCUGCUCAAAAGAUGAGCGAAAUCUGUGCCACUAACAGCCUCAACAGACUGCAGGUGUGGGAUCCUGACACUUGGUUCUCUCCAAUGUGAGAAAGAAGAAGGCUUGACUGGAGAAAAAUCAGAAGUUUAACCCUUGCAAUCCAGUAACGGAGAAAACUGCCUUCCAGAUAAUUUGACUCUUGAAACAUGAUUGCACAAGGCAAUUUCAGAUGUCUUGUCUGGGUCUAACAGGAACGGGUUUUAUUUUUCUGAUCUCCCCCCACCCCCACCCCGCAAAACAAAAAACUUCCAGCUGCCUGAAAACAACAUCCCAUACAGGGUGAGGAGGAUAAAAACAACUUUUUUAAAAAAUGUCCCUCUUCAUACUAACCAUGGGACUGCUGCCUUACACCUAAUGAAGAGGGAAAAGUGCGGUUCAAAGGCAAUUUUUUGAAAAACCUCUGAGCCAUCUGAUCUGCCUGGCACGUCUUCCCAGUCCUGGGGAGGCUUAUAAGUGAACGUGUGAUUGCAUCCUUUCAACAGUGGGACAGUUCUUGAGAACAUGGACAGAUCUGCAGCUUGCGAAGGCAAACAAGAACCCUUGCACAGAAUGCAGCUUGUGUGUAUAUUUUGGAUUAUAGUUUUCUAACAUCUGAUUUGGGGUGGGGGUGGAAGAGGACCUUCAAGAGUUAUGGAUGAACUGUCUUGGGGCUUUGGCCUCAUGUUUUUUAAAAAAAAAAACGUUGAACUCUAUAAUAGAGAUAUAUUGUGUACCUUUUUUUUGCAGGAAGGUGAAUUUCUGCAGCCAUAAAUUGUACUUGCUUUGUAAAAAAACUUUUUAUAAAAGUUUCUUACAUAA